AUGUUAUCCCAAGAGGAAAGAAAGCAGAUGAUUCUCAAGCUAUUUGUUGCGUUGAAGGAAUCAAACAUCUUUCCUGGAUAUACACCAGUGCAAAUCAAGGAAGCUGCCAUAAGAGCUGAGCAGAGGAUAUACGAGGAGAGUGGUUCUAAGGAAGAGUACCUGAGAGGAAUGGACGAAAGAUUCCAGAGAAUUGAGAGGGUUGUUAGCAAUAGAAGCAGAGCCGAUGGAAGAGGGAAAAGUACUCAGGAACAGAUGGGGUCUUAUGAACAUGCCAGGCCUCAAUUCCAGGGGUUUAGAAAUGGCUCCGAAGAGCCUCAAGAUUCUACAAAACAAGGCUAUCACUAUGGAAAUCCUAGGCUUGAAAGAGGAGAAAGAAGAUUGUCGGAGCAGCUAUUUACAGAAAAUAAGCAGGUUUUUGGUAUGGAAGAUGGAUUUAGCCCGUCUAAGAUCAUGGGGAUGAAUCGGAAGCAUAAUCUCGAGGAAAUGGGCGACAUUCCCAGAUUCAAUAGUCGGUCUGCAGAGGGUAACACGAGAGGAAGAUCUAAUUCAUGUAAUAUCCAGAACUCGCUUCAUGAGUCUGUGAGCCAUACAAUGAAUCGGGAAAGUUUCGCUGAUAACUCUAGAAAUCCCAUGCCAUUUAGGAGAUUUCAAUCAGAAGUGAAUUCUUAUGGAGCAGUCAAUGGAAAAGACUUCCGGAAUGCAACAGACCAAAGACAUUUCUACAUGCAGAGGGAGGAGCGCCCAAAAGAAGCAGCCUAUGGAUAUGGUGGGGGGCAAGCAUUCGGCCCUGGAUUUGGUUGUUUUGAUUACAGCAGAGGAAAUGGAAAUAGAGUACCUAGAGGAGAGAAUCCGCUGAAAUCUCCAGCCGAUAUGAACUUUAUUGAAAUGCAGCGAGACAAAGCUUCAGGGGCUGGUGCAUUCAACGGUCAGGGAUUCAUCCCCCUGCAGCAUCCACGGCAGUUCAGCCUGGAUCCUGUUCCGUCCUAUUCAAAUUCCGGGAGCAUGAAUGUGUUUCCGUUUUCAAACAAAACAGUAUAUGGAGCUCGAGGACCCUUCAUUUCCCCGAAUGACGGAAGACCAGGACAUAUCUAUCCUCCCAGAAUGCCAAAUGUACAGAACUUUCCUAUGCCUUCUAGUUCGGAUGCCAUUGGUAGCUUUAGUCCCAAUCCACAUGACCCAGUCACGAACAUGUUUUCGAUGGGCCCCCAGAGUAAAGCAGGAGCUGGCGGUGCAUGGAUGGGGGAUCCUCCGUCGUUUGAUAGGCAUUAUCCAAAUCCUGGCCAGGGCGCAAUGAAGUCCUCUCCACUAUUCUUUAACCAACAGCUGCAGCACCAGCCCUAUUUCCAUCAUCCACGAAAUUCUGGACAACAGAACUCCAUGGUAGACAGAAAAAAGCCUCUUUCUGCUCCUGAAAAUCCCAGCCGGUGGAUGUUCAAUCAUUCAGGCGAGGAUUUCCGUGUUCCCUACGAUGAACUUCCGCACAGAUACGAGAGCACGAAGAAAAGCAUGGGGUCCUUCGACAGCUCCAAGAAGGACGAGAGGAACUUUUCUACGAAUUCCAAUGAAUACAAAGGUUGUAUAAAUACCUCUUCAUGGCACUCUGGUGGAUUCAGAAGCUUCUUUCCUGAAAGUAAUCCCCCUGAUUCUAUUGAUUCGCAGAAAAGAAUAGACAGCUCUCUGUGGUUUAGAGACAAAUUCCGAUACGGUAGGGCACCAGAGGCCGAAGACCCGAUGAACACCAUUGAAGGAAACCAUGAUGUAUAUAAAAAAGAAAAGAGUCCAGACCACCACAGAAGUGACUUUGUAGCUCAGCAGCAGACUGGGCUAAGAGAAACAUCCCAAAAUGAGUGUGGCGUCUCGAAUCCCGAGACAUUUCUAAAUUUUCCUAGCGAAGUAAAUGCUUUUCUCAAGGACCAUGAGAUGGAGAAGAUCUAUCUCUGCAAUCAGGAGCUGCUAGAUCUGAAAACGAGACUAAAAGAAGGCAUCAGUGUGAUAAACAAAUCUCUGAGAAUAUACAAUGCCUUUAAAGACGCCUUCCCCAGCUCGGAGCUACUGCAGAAAUAUGAAACUAUUAAGAAUCUGCUUGAGAAACAGGAGGAAUACAUCAAGUACGGCGCUUAUUUUUUAAAGGCACGGAGUAUAGACAGUUUCAUAGACCAAAUCAAGUCUUUGACAGUUGACAUGAGCUACGACUUGAAAUUAAACACAAUGGACGCCAGCGACAUAAACUACGGAGAAUGUCUCAUGAAUGCUGUAAAGGCGUUUGCAGAAAGGAAAAAGAAAGAGGAUACCUUUAGCCUAAAUGUAAUAGGUAAGAAUACAUAUGAGUGA